AUGCACAAGCAUAUUGUGAAACUUCGAGGUAAAUAGUUACAUUUGAUAAAAAUUGAUCCCCUUUUUUCUUUAGUAUAUUGGUUAAAAUUAUCUAAAAUAAUAUAUGUAAAAAAAGUUUGUAAUUAAACUUUCUUUUUAUUAUUAUUAAACCUAUUAUCAUUAAUGCUAUUAAAAAGAUUUAGUAAAUAGCUAGGUUAAGACCAAAAUGAUCUUUAUAAAAAGCAAGUGUUCCAAUACUAAUAAAAUAUGUCAAUAAAGUCAAAAAUUUUUUAAAGAAUUUUCCUAUUUCAGAGUAAUAUUCCUCUUCAAUACAAAAUACCAAAAAAAUACUAAGUAGGGCUAAAGAUAAUAUAUAACUAAUAAACAAAGCAAGUUUUAAGUAUGAAAAAUCAUUUUAUAUCAUUCCUAGCCAAAAAAUGA